GAUUGGUUCUCAGCACAUCUUGCAGACCCCGAGCGCCGGACGUGUUGAUGGCAAGAGCCUGAGCUGCUCUAGCUACUUCUGCCUUGGGGUUUAGGCUCUUCACUGCCGACAUCUGUCCCUGCUUUUCUCGAGCCUUCUCUCGAAUUUGUACUGCCACACGUGCACUGUACUCUCACGCAUGCGCACAGUUUUUACCGCAAACUCGACAAAAGAGAACAUGGAGAUCUUAUAUUCCCUGGCCAUUUCUCUGACAUCCCUCCUCUUACUAGUAAAGUCUUCCACGGCGCACGACCUGAUAUUCGCCGUAAACUGCGGAGGAGGCAAGCACACGGACCGCUACGGAAUAAAGUACAGUAGCGACGGCAACCCGACGGGCAUCGCAUCCAGCUUCGGCCAGAGCCUCAUAAUCAGCCGCGUCCACCCAGACGACAUGCCGCUUUACCAGACGGAGCGCUACCACACCUCCACCUUCGGCUACUCGACACGAGUCCGCGGAGACGGGGAAUACCUGGUUAUCCUCAAGUUCGCCGAGGUCUAUUUCACGGGACCCGGCCAGAAGGUAUUUGAUGUGGUGUUGAAUGGAGUGCCUGUCAUACAAGACCUGGACAUCUUUGCCCGAGUGGGGAAGGCCGUGGCUCACGAUGAGGUGGUUCCAUUCACUGUGGAGGGACAGCAGCUCUCUGUGAGAGAUGCCACCAUUGACUUUGACGGAACUCUCUCCAUCCAGUUUGCAAAGGGACCAGCAGACAAUCCAAAAGUGAACGCAAUAGUUGUUCUAAAGGGUCCAUUUCAGCAGUCAGAUAUCCCAGCUCUGCCUCCUCCUAAGCUGGAGCAGGAAGACCCAGGUCCUCUGGACCAAGACCAAGACCAGGACACAGACGAAUGGAACAAACCCUCCACUCCCAACAAGUUUAAGAAACUCUCGGGUCCGCGAACUCUGAAUCCCUACAGUUCGGACGAGAGUUGGUUUAUGCCCAUCACUGUUGCCAUUGCCGUGUUCCUUCCCAUCCUCUUCUGCAUGUGUCGCAUCAGAUGAACCCGAUUUCAAUCAUUAGGUCAUUUUCUGGGAGUCCUUUCAUUGUCCCCACCAAUAGCAUUAUCCCAGGCUUUCUUGGACGCAUACAUGAGUCACACAAUGUAAUACUGCUACCGUAUUAUGUUGUUUUGCACAACCAUAAAUUAU